AUGCACAAACUUAUAAAGUUCUUACCCGCCCCUCUUUUCCUCUUGAUAAAAUCAUAUCUGUCAAAUCGUUUCUUUUCUGUUCGCCUAAACAACACCUACUCAACCCGUAACACUAUUAGAUCUGGAGUCCCACAAGGAAGCGACAUCGCCCCAUUCCUUUACUCGAUUUUCACUCACGACAUACCCAAGACAUUUUAUACAACCUUAGGUAUAUACGCCGAUGACACGUUAAUAACCGCCUCCCACGAAAGCCACGUCACUGCCAGUGAAAUGAUCCAAAACCAUUUAAAUAUGAUCAGAUUGUGGGCAAACAGAUGGAAAAUCAAAAUAAACGAAACUAAAUCCGUUCAAGUAACUUUUUCACUACGUAAUCUCGAUUCUCCACCUGUUACGUUAACAAUAUAA